GCACACAAAGAACCGAGACCGUGACCAUGACGGCGCUGAAGUUUGUACGAUCUGUCUGGGAAUCAUUCCGAGCCAACUCGGGCCUGGAGCCAAGGCUUCUGGACGGUCUUCGAGUGACGUCGGCAGUCCCGGGACGCGUCAAGUUUGAGCUGGACAUAAAGAAGGAGCACACAAACCGAUUGAGCAUUCUCCAUGGAGGAACAAUCGCCAGCAUGGUCGAUCUUGGGGGCUCUCUAGCCGUAGCAUCUCGCGGUCUCUUCGCAACCGGCGUCUCCACUGACCUGAAUGUGACCUACCUCUCCUCGGGCGGCAAGGUCGGAGAUUUGAUCAAGGCCGAAGUAUCGUGUGACAAAUUCGGCAAAACAUUGGCCUUUACAUCAAUCAACUUCAGCAAUAGCAAAGGAGAGAUCUUUGCUCGAGGAAGCCAUACCAAGUAUGUUGCCCUGGCGUGGAAAGAUCCAAACAACAUCGUUGAAGAGCUAUCACCCAAGCCGAGUGAGAAGAAGGAAUAGUCAUUGCAGCACUUCUGUGAAUUAUUAAGAUUACAUUUCGUCUGGCCAUACGUUAUUGAUAUGCCCUUCCUACGUAAUCAUUAAGUUCCGGGCUUACCAUCCCCUAAAGUUACAUUACCG